AUGCCAACAAUCUUUAAGCAAAUAAAUAGUUUCAUCACGAAAUCAUUCCUAUAUGAAAUUUGUCAACCUGUCACGUUGGUGGAGCAAGCAAAUAUGGCGAGUAAUGCCAACGUAGCUGAUGUGGACCAAAAUUUGCAAACCGAUAAUGCAAAAACAACAGUUCACACAGAUGUCAACAGAGAUGGGCAAGAAAAAAGUAAAGAAAUGGAUGAAGACUUGACUGAUUUUUUAGAGUUUCAAUUAGAGGACCAUAAAAGGAGCCGAAACAAGGGUACAUCUGUUCAGGUUGUGGAGCAUGAUUUCAAAAAGGUUGAGGCCAAAUAUAACGAGAAGAAGCACACCAAAUUACAACAGAUCAAGAAUGAUAAACAGAAGCUCAAAGAAUCAGAGAAAAAAGAGGCGAGUAAGUCUACAAUAUCACUCACAUCAUCAUUAGAUAAACCGGACUCCGACUUAGAGGAGUACGAUGACUGGAAGCUCAUGGAAGUUGAAAUUGAAUUCAAUGAUCUAUACGACUUCCGUGGCCGAAAUCUCAAGGAAGUUUUCAAUGCCGAUAUUUCGAAUAUGUCUAAAACAGCCGAAGGAGAUAAAGGCCAAAGUGGCUGGACAUCGAAAUUAGGAAUGAAAAAUAACAAAUCGACGGGUAUCAGUGACAGCAAUACCAGUAUUCCAGAUGCAUUGGAAAGGCAUCUUGCAAAUGGAAGCAGCAGAUCUGUUACAAGCAUCGACUCGAAGAAUGGUAAGAGUCAGAAGUAUACGAGGGUUGCAAUGGCUGAACAGGCUAACAAGUAUUUAGAGAUGGACAAAAAGUUUGACUUUCUAUUUCAAAACGAAAACGAUAAUUUGAGAAAGCUUAGAAAUAUGUCGCAUGCUUCGUUGGCGGAUACUGGCAAGAAUAAAGUUAAGAACUCUUCUGGAGGGAGAAAUGACGAUGAAAAGACUUUGGUUACCGAUUCAGAUAUCAAGAAUGAGAAAGAGAGGACUGAUAUAGAGAGUAAUUCAGACUCCUUUGAUACAUUCGAGCAGGAGUUUGCAGACAUUGAAAAUAAAAAAGGUGAUGAUGAUGAAAUGAACGAAGCAGACGAAGAGAUGACACUUGACAACCAACUUUUGACCACAAAAUCAAUGCUUAAUGGAUCGCAGAAGAUCGCAUAUGCUGCACUAGCAAAACUUACUAUGGUGGAACAGCAUAUGAAGCUUGAUGAGAUAAGAGGAAGCGGAUCAGUAAAGGUUAUGAAAAAGCUAGCGUCCUCUCAGAAAUCAUUCACUAGAUGGUCGAUUAAAGUCAUGGAUGAUUUAUACGAGCAUCUAGGCAUAGAUAAACCGGAAGAAAGACAGAUGAUUGAAAAUUUGAGUUGUCAUGGGAUCGAGCCAGAGGAUUUAGCCAAGUGGUUCGACACAAACUUGGUUGUGAAGAACAGCUUGAUGAAAUCGAAGAAUCAAUCGGAAACUGGUGAACAAGCUCAAGUUGUUGAUAUGGAUGAGGAGGAUUCUCAGAGUGAAUCUUUAAAUAUAGAUUUAAGGUGGACAUUGAUAGCAGACCUAUUUUUAAUAUUGUUACAGUCUUCCGUUUAUGAUGCCCGCUCCAGAGUGAUGAUGGUGAAUUUUGCAAGGUACCUUGGAAUAAAAAAUCUGGAAGUUUACCAGUUUGAAAGAAGAAUUACUGGUGCCUUGGAAAUGGAUGAAAUUACUGCAAUGGUGAACAAGCAGACGACAUGGAGUGACAAAGAUCUUCUUAAAGAGCACAAGAAAAAGGGCCGGGGCAAGCGGAUUGUCAAGAUUGCAUUUGCAACAAUGGCUGGUGGUCUUGUUAUUGGUCUUAGUGCUGGCGCCUUGGCUCCAGUUAUAGGUGCUGGUGUUGCUGCUGGAUUUUCGACAAUUGGAAUUGGUGGCACUGCCGGAAUUUUUGCCGGAACAGUGGGGACAUCUACAAUCACAGCCGGAGGAGUACUAACUGGUAUGAAUAUUGGCAAGACCGGUAUGGAACAUCGUGUUGGUAACGUGAAAACGUUUGAGUUCAAGCCGUUACAUAAUAACGGACGUUUGAACUUGAUUCUAACGGUGUCCGGAUGGAUGUCCGGCAAGAAAGAUGAUAUUCGGUUGCCAUUCAGUACUGUUGAUCCUGUGAUGGGCGAUUUAUACUCUUUAUUAUGGGAACCGGAAACUUUAACGAGUAUGGGACAGACGAUUGAAAUUUUGGCAAACGAGAUAUUAACGCAGUCCAUUCAACAAAUAUUGGGUGCAACAAUCCUCAUUACCCUCAUGAGUGCAAUUCAGCUACCGAUGUGGCUUUCUAAACUAAGUUACAUUUUAGAUAACCCUUGGAAUGUUUCGUUGGACCGUGCAGAUACGUCUGGAUCGAUACUUGCAGAUACUUUAAGGAGAAACAAGCUUGGUGUGCGGCCUGUGACACUUGUUGGAUUCAGUUUAGGAGCCAAAGUGAUCUUCAGUUGCUUGCUGGAUUUGGCAAGAACUGGUGACUAUGGUUUAGUUGAAAGUGUUUACAUUUUUGGUGCUCCAAUUGUGGUUUCAACGGAUACAAUAGCACUUGCACGCAGUGUUAUUAGUGGAAGGUUUGUGAAUGGAUAUUCGAAACAGGACUGGAUUCUUGGAUAUCUUUUCAGGGCAACCUCUGGAGGCUGGAGAAGCAUUGCCGGAUUGUCGCCAGUUAAAGGUAUUGAGAAUAUGGACUGCACCUCUUUAGUAAAGGGUCACAUGGAGUACCGUAAAGUGAUGCCUAAAUUAUUACGGAAAGCAGGAUGGGAAAUAAUUAGUGACACCUUCGUCGAAAUUCAAAAACCAGAUGAAGAAGCAAGCGAGAGACAGAGAAAGCUAAUUAGUGACUUUGAGAAGAUGCGGAACGAAGGAAAGAAGCCAAGUAAAUGGUACAAUAAACUGCUAGGAAAGAAAAACAAACAAUGGUGGGAAAUGUACGAAGAAGGUAUGAAGGAGCAAGAGCAAAAAGAAGCUGAAAAGAUCGAGGAAGAACAAGAAGGGGGAAAAAAGAAGCAGGAUAAGAAAAACGUUGAUGAAACUUCAGAUCUUUUUGAUGUUGAUCAGCUUCGAAAAGAAGUUGCCAAAAUACAGGCACAGGCAGAGGCACAGACAGAGACAAUGAUGGAUAAUAAGAAGAAAGACCCAGAAAAAAGCUUUCAAGAAGACAGAAAACAAAGGGAGUCCAAAGCCUGA